AUGGCAAAGCUCACUAACGAUGCCGACUACGAUGCCGGUGAAACCAUCUUCGGCUUUGUAGCUCUGAAGCAGAACUCCAGUGAGAACAUGUGCCACCUUUUCUGUGAUAAGCCUGAGAUGCCCGCCGCAUUUAUUGCCGACUACAUCAUGCGGUACCUACUUGGCAUAUCUAUUCUGAUUGGCACAUAUCACAGGCCCCUAAAUGCCAACAGCCUCAUCAAGCCUUCCUUCAAGAACGAGAACGGUCGUCUGGGAAGGGCUGCCAAAAUUCUCACCGGCUUCAGACUCCCGUUUUUAGAUGAAUCCCACUUCUCUUCGGGAGGACUCGACAUAAAGCUCAAUCGUGUUUCCUCUUUUUAUCUCUUGCCAAGUUCUCACACAGAACUCGUUUUUGGUCCUCAGCCGCCUCAACAGCUAUUUCAACUUCGCCUUGUGGCCACUUUUGGGCGAGAUUUUUAA